ACGCUGCUCGCAAAACCAAUUUUUUUUUUAGUUGCAGACACAUUGAUACAGAACAAAUAAUUAGUGCAUAAAUAAUUACACAUCGACUAGUUUUAUAAUAUUAACAUUCGCCUUUUUUCAGUUCAUAAGUAGAAACUGUUUUUUUUUAAGCCAUAAACAGAAAUAUAUAAAAAUGGGACGCCAGAGCACCGUUAACGAAGAUUCUAAUUACCGUGUAGUGUGUGACAUGGAGGUUCCAGAAGGUGGCUGGGGAUGGAUUGUUGCUUGUGGCUUGGCAGUUAUGUUUACUGUGAUCCUUGCGCCAUUUUCAGUCUUCGGGUUGAUGUUUGACGGCUUUCUGGAAUCUCUGGGUGAGGGAACGCAGAUAGUGACAAUGAUUUCAAAUAUGACAGCCAGCUUCAGUUUCCUGCUAGGUGUGGUGAUCAAUUACAUAUUAACUAAGUAUUCGUGUCGAAAAGUCGGAGUGGUUGGAUCUGUUAUAUUCUUCACGGGCAGUUUCGUGAGUGCAUUUGCCAAUUCAACGUUCCUCCUGGCUUUCUCUUACGGUGUCCUGCAAGGCAUUGGCAUUGGUCUCAUGAUUCCCGCAGCACUCACCAGUUUCAAUCACUACUUCUGUCGUCGGCGGACAUUUGCAAUGGGUGUAACCCAAGUAAUUACAGGAAUAGGCAGCAUGAUUCUACCAAUAAUUCUGCAGAAACUGAUAGAAGAAUAUGGUUUCAGGGGAACCCAAGCGAUUAUUUCAGCCAUAAGCCUUCAUUCAUUGAUUUGUGCUGCUCUUCAACGGCCUGUAGAGAUGCAUGUCAAACGAAAUAAAGGAGUCGCUGUGUAUAAGCAAGAAACCGGAUCUGAAAGCCAUGGUAAGCCUAAUAUUAGGCGGGACUCUGCAAAUUUUGAAAUGAGAGUUGUUAAUGGGAAGCCUGACACGCUACGAGACUCACGUAAUGAUACAUGGGAGUCUCCUAACGUUGGAACGAGAAUCGUUAACGGAAUACCUGAGACUCUAGUUGAAUCACAUGACAAAUGGGAAUCCCCUAACCGUGAAAUGAGAAUCAUUAACGGAAAGGCAGAAGCACUAAAAGAAUCACAUGACGACACGUGGGAGUCUCAUAACUUUGAAACAAGAGCUGUUAACGGCAAACCUGGGACUCUAGAAGAAUCACAAACACGUGAGGCUAUGGAAGAUUUUGAUAGUUACUCCCUUCUUUAUCAAGAAGAAACUAUUACAUGUGAAAUGGUCAAAGGAGUAAUUGUGACUGACGAUUCAAAAACGCCAAAUUCAGAUGUGACAGAUAUUCAUGUGAAAUCACACACCCGCAAAGAAUCUCACGCCACUGCCGACGUAUAUGGAAAUCUAUCUCUGGUACGUGAGAGUCACGUUGAUAAUGUUAAUGGAAGUAAUUCAACAGUAAACUUGAAUGAAGUAAUUAUUAGAUGCAGUGAAGUAAGUAAACAGUCCCAAAUCAUUGUGAUGAAUGAUGAAAAGAACCAAAAUGAGUUUAACAAAGAUGAUGAUGAUGAUGAUGACGAUGACGAUUCCGCAGAAAGAAAUUUGUUAAGGGAUGAUAUUUUGAAGGUGCAUUACCCUCCAGACAGCCUAUCCACAGACAUGGGUUCAACUGUAAGAGAGACUCGGGUUUCUAUGAACGAUUUGAGGGCCACAGUCAGUAGUCUCAGAAGCCGGACCAGUAGCUGCGAGAGAAGAACACGUACAAUAGAAGAGGCACCCAUGUCAAAGUAUGCAGUCAACACUGGAGAGCCGAACAUAUUUUCAAGAUUUUGGUCUGCUGUAGUAGAUUUUCUGGACCUGCGCUUGAUGUUGGACCCAGUGUAUGUGAACAUUGCAAUUGGUAUAGCUGUCUCCUUCUUUGCUGACGUCACAUACUGCACUCUGUUCCCGUUGGUCGUCCUGAAGUUGGGCUUCUCCAGAGCGGACUCGGCUCUCUGCAUCUCCAUUCUCUCAGCUGCAGAUAUUUUCGGCAGACUGUGUGUCACCCUCAUUGGGGCCUUUUGCCCCCGGAUCAGUAGUCGAGCUAUUCUCCUUGCGGGGGCGGUGAUGUCCGUCAUCGGCAGAACAGUUUUCGUUUUCCUCCAUGACUUCACUGCAAUGGCAGCGCUAAUCGCAUACCUCGGGUUUACUAGAAGCUUCAUCCACGUGCCCAUGCCUCUGGUCUUAGCGGAGUACAACAUUAAGAGAUUUCCCGCUGCUUAUGGUCUGAGCAUGGUGGUGGCUGGGAUACUGGGCCUCGCUGCAGGACCUCUUGUCGGCUGGAUUCGAGAUGUUACUAACAGCUAUCCCGUCUGCAUAAACGCAGUGAACAUUAUGCAGUUAGUACUUUGUAUAUUUCCUUGGGCUCUGGAGUUCACCAUCUCCCGUCUUCGAACACCAUCCAAAAGAGAAAACAGCUCAUAGAUGCAAUGCAGUUCCAGCCGCAAAGUGCGUGUGUGAAGCUCAGUAUAGUACAUGUACCAUAACACUGAAUGUUCCCGUGCAUCCAUGUAUGUCUGUUCGUCCCUCCUUGUUUCUGCUUCCACACUGAGGGUGGAAGACUCCCUGAACUCUGGUAAAAGGUUACAAAUGUUUCGAUGAAAACCAAUAUCUCCAUCUUCAUUGCAGAAACUUCUGUGUAAUCACAUGAAAGAUGCUACUAACAUUUCGGAAAGAUGUGCUGUCUUCGUCUUCAGGGUAGAAGAUUCGGUACUUGUAGUCUUAAAGUAACAAACAUUUCGGAGAAGUAAAAUUUUUCUUCCUCUGCAGUGAAGGGGUGAAAGUUCCUCUAAAACACUUAAUUUCAUUACCAUACUAUGCGCUGUCAGGACCGAGACGGUGACUCUUCACAAUACAAUGUGCUGAAUACAGAUUUGCUAUGGAACAUUAGCAAAACAAACAAACAAAACAAACUUCAUAGUCUGUAAUCCGCAUAGAAAUUAUAUUAAUUUGGCCCUAACGUAUUUGGUAUAUUAUAAUAGUCACUAGAAUAUUACAAAUGUAUUAGUUCCGAAUUUUGCAGUAACAGAAGAAUUUUGUUAAGUCCAAAAGCAUGGAACCGAAUUUGACAGACCUCGCUCAACUGAAGUCCAUGUGGAGCCUCCUCACCAUAUCAGUAAAUUUCAUUUUCGUUCCGUAGGCUCGUGAGACCCGAAGUACGAAUUUUGGUCUGGCUAGUCAGACUUUUGAGGCAUGAAGAUGAUACAAGUGAUAUUUCAUGAUUCAGUUCCUACCUCACUGAAAACAGAACGCAUCUCCAUUAGAGGCUAAUCGAUUUAUGCACGAGAACCUCAGACCCUACAAAUAAUCACAGUUUGCUGUGGGUGUGACGCUUGGUCUCUCACAUUCAGAGGGGCACACAGACUGAGCGUGUCUGGGAACAGGGUGUUGAUGAGAAUAUUUGGACCGAAGAGUAAUGAGAGACUGGAGAAAACCGCGUAAUGUGGAGAUUCAUAAUUUUUACUCUUCGUCAAAAAGUAUAAUGAUCAAAUCCAGGAGCUGCAAAGAGCAUGUAGCACGCAUUGAAAGUAAGGAAAACACAUGCAAAUUUUUGGUACAAGAAGCUGUUGGAAAGAGACCAGUAUGAAGAUCUAAGCCUAGAUGGGAGAAUAUUAAAAUUUUUACGUUAAAUUAGGGUUGGAGGUUGCAAACCGGAUUCAGGAUAGGGGUCAGUAGCGGUUUCUUGUAAACAUGAUAAUAAACUUUCGGGUUCAAUAGAAUCUUGGGAAUAUUUUACUAUCUGACCAACUACUGGUUUCUCAUAAAACACUCAGCUAACUGGAGUUAGUUGCCGGUCACGGUACCCGAGCGGUCUAAGGCAUGCACUGUCUUCCCUCGCUUGGAAACCCGGGAUCGU